CGGUUAGCAAGAUCCAAAGUAAAAGUAACCGAAGUAAGCAAAAACGUAUUUUGCUCAAGCGUGGGGUUCUGUACUUAUGUUCUGAAAAGCUUAAACCCUAACAAUGGAAAGAGUAAAGGAAGAUGAAGAUGAUAUUGUUUGUUUGGAUGAAUCAUUCUUCAUUAAUGACAAUUACCAAUUAACCACUUUUACAUUCGGGUCUCAAGUUCUUGAGCUAUUCUGCCUUAAUUCAGCUUCAACUGAUUUUGAUCUGACAGGCCAGUUGGUGUGGCCAGGAGCUGUGUUAUUAAAUGAAUACUUGUCCAAAAAUGCCGAGAUGCUUCAAGGACUAUCUGUCAUCGAGUUAGGCUCUGGUGUUGGUGUCACUGGAGUACUCUGUAGUAAAUUUUGCAAGAAAGUUGUGAUGACUGACCACAAUGAUGAAGUUCUCAAGAUUCUAAAGAAAAAUAUAGAUCUACAUGCAUCUUCUGAGAGUUACCCUUGCCCUGAUUCGGGGGCAGAGAAACUAGAAUGGGCAAAUUCUGACCAGAGAAAUGAAAUUGUGCAAAGAUAUCCUGAAGGAUUUGAUCUGGUUCUUGGAGCUGAUAUCUGCUUCCAACAAUCCAGUAUUCCCUUGCUUUUCGAUACAGUCAAGAGUCUUCUUCAAAUCAGAGGAAAAGGAAGAUGCAGAUUCAUUCUGGGUUAUGUUUCUCGUGCCAAAGUAAUGGAUCAGAUGGUUCUUGAUGAGGCCCGGGGACAUGGCUUGUCCACAAAGGAAGUUGCUGGGACUCGUUCAAUUGUUGGGAACUUGGAAGGGGUCAUUUAUGAGAUUACCCUUUAGUAGAUUUUACAAUCCGACAUUGUUUCAAAAGAAUAUAGAGGAUGUCAAGAAGUCACAGCAUUUCAAGUUUAGUUUUGAAGGAGCUUCAGCUUCAGAUCCUAGACCAGAUACAGCUUUCAGAUAAGAUAGUAAGCAAGAAGGUGCAGCUUGAGGUAACGACAAAUUGACUAUUUUCUUGACAUAGGGAUAUAUAGAUAGUAUUGUGAAACUCCUUUUGGUACUGUUAAUUUUCUACAUAAACAAGAAAACUAUUUUAUUGACUAAAUGAAGAGAUGUAAAAAAAAAAAAAAGGUUAUUUUUGACAUCGAUGUUAUCUACUCCGUAUGUUUUUUACCUGAACUCCACUGCUGUCCUGCUGUGAUUCUUAUUGUUGCAUCAUAGUACCAUCUUCAGAAGUUUUGUGAAGAUGGAGUUCAUCAA